AUGAAUAGUAUUGUAAUUGUAAUUAGAAGGUCUGAUUAUGAAGGUGAAGGCAAGAGCAUACCUCAAGUAAUACUUAUUUGCGAGAGGAGUGGUAACUAUAAGUCUUGUAAGUCUAGUGAGACAACUAAUGUAAGGCCGGAUGCAAAUGGUGAUACGAAAAAGUGUGCUAGGGACACUGGUACCAAGAAAUGUGGACGCCCAUUCUUGUUAAAAGGCAUCAAUAUUGGUGAUGGGGAUGAUUGGAAGUUGGAGGUGGUUUGCGAAGCACACAACCAUCCUAUUUCAGAGUAUCCUUAA